AUGUACGAGGCUUCGAAGGCUCCAGUUUCCAAGGAUGUUCUUCUACGGACGAACGUCGUCAUGCUCGUCCUGACCUCCGGAUUUGUCUUUGCUCGCGCCGUACUUCAAAUCGCCAAACGCAAACCAUUCGAACUGCCAGACUUCUUUGUCUAUUUUGCGUAUUGCUUGUUCAUCGCGCUAUGGGCUUGCUACCACGUCGUUGCGCCACCGAUAUACAGAGCGUAUGCAGUAUUGGAGGGACAGGCUGAGCCGUACGCCACGAUGAAAAGUGAUGCUAUCGCAAUGCUGAAGUUUCUCGUGGCCGGUCAAAUCUGCUUCUACACACUUCUUAUCUCGGUCAAGAUGUCAUUAAUGACAUUAUAUCGGAAGCUGCUCGCCGGACUACCGAGCAUCUACAGGAAGAUAUGGUGGGGCAUGGUCGCUUUUUGCGCGUUGGCGUGGAUUGGUAGUAUCACUAGCACUUUUACUACAUGCGACGACCUGAACGCCGAGUUCAGAGAAGGCCAAUGUGGAGGAACUCCUGAUGAAGACCGUAGAGUCAUAUUCAGUCUCUACUUUGCAUACUCCGUCGACGUGGCGACUGAUCUUGCAAUCAUGUUUCUACCAUUACAUCUGACCUGGAACCUCCAGAUGCCUCGCAAGCAAAAGAUCGGCAUCUUCAUAUUGUUCGGCAGCGGUUUCGUCUGCAUCGCCUUUGCAACUUUACGGUGCUUGCAAGUUGGCGUUGAUGGUAGUGGGAAGGCUACAACACCAGAACCCAAGUGGUUGAUGCUGUGGACCAUACUGGAAUGUUCAAUAGCCAUUAUGAUCGCAUGUUCGCCUGCGUUCACGUCUUUCAUUCGAAAGCGUAUAGAUGCUUCGAAACCAUCGUACAAUGCACAAGGCUACUUCAAACAAGGGACUGAUGAGAUAAAGAUGAAGAGCAUAAUUUGCGCCCCAGGUCGAGCCACACGUGACGCCGCGGAUAUAUACUGGGAUGACACGCACAGUAGCCAGGAAGAACUCGCAGGAAACUCUAGACGCAUUAUCGUCAAGACUACAGUACACCAAGAUGAUGAAGUUUCCAGUCAUCUCUCGAAGCAUCUGGGUACCAGACAAUCCUGGACGACAGAGGUACGCAGUGGUAACGGAAGGGUAGCAUAACUCAGCUAUUAAACCAGUCAACACCUCUUACCAUCUUAUCGCAUAUAUAACCAGUGACAAGCGCAUAUGUCCCUUUAUGCAAAAUGUCGAUGACUUGUUCGUUGAUCGGCCAUGUCCACGGAGCCAUCGAAACAUUCGCCGUGGUCUCCAUCAAUUGAUCCAGCAUGAUUCGAAUGCCGGUAUGCAUGAAGACAGCGACCGGUCCGAUGACGCCGUAGUACGACAUGACCGCUCUGAAAGGC